AUUUUUUUAAUCCAACAUUUUUGGUUCAAGGGGGGUGUAUAAUGUAUUCUUAUCACUGAUCGAUUAUGAACAUCGGAAUCUGAUUUUUCAUCGUCAUUCCUACACUUCAAUUUCUUAGUACCUUUCGUCCAAUACAAUUCAAAGUUUUCUCUCCAAAUCCACAUCUCUCCGUGUCCCUCUUUGCGUCUAUGGAGGUCGAUUCCAUUCCCAACGGCUCCGCCACUGAAACCGCCAUGGCAAAUGCCGCCGCCGCAACAAUCACCCCUACACCGUCCAAGUUUACCGGAUUGGCGGAGUCUCUAAAGCUGGAACAUCAGUUUCUUAGGGUUCCAUUUGAGCAUUACAAGAAGACGAUUCGAGCUAAUCAUCGCGUUGCUGAGAAAGAGGUCUCUGCUGUGAUUUCCAGCGUCACUGAAGCCGCCGAUCGCGAUAGCAUGUCAACGGAAGAAGCCGUACAUCACUUCAAUUCGCUUGUAUCCAGAUUGCAGGGGUUGAAAAGAAAGUUGGAAGAGGGCAGUCGCACAGAGCAGAUGCAAGCACAGAAGUGUCGUGCUAGAUUUUCUCAUUUAGAAUCGGCUGAUGCUGAUAAUUUGACGGAAUGGAACAGCACACGCUUGAAAAGGAUCCUUGUGGAUUAUAUGCUGCGGAUGUCGUAUUUCGACACCGCAAUGAAGUUAUCAGAGAGCAGCAAUAUUCAGGAUCUUGUCGACAUUGAUGUCUUUCAAGAAGCCAAAAGGGUUAUUGAUGCCCUUCAGAAUAAGGAGAUAGCACCUGCACUUGCCUGGUGUUCAGAUAACAAGUCGAGGUUGAAGAAGUCCAAGAGCAAAUUUGAGUUCCAAUUGAGGCUUCAAGAGUUCAUAGAAUUGGUUCGAGCUGACAAGAAUAUGCAAGCUAUUGCAUAUGCACGGAAGUACCUUGCUCCAUGGGGAGCUACCCAUAUGAAAGAACUGCAGCGUGUCAUGGCAACUUUGGCUUUCAAGAGUAGUACAGAGUGUGCCGUAUACAAGGUCUUAUUUGAACCAAAGCAGUGGGAUCAUCUUGUGGAUGUAUUUAGACAAGAGUUCUGCAAAAUAUACGGCAUGACGCUCGAGCCAUUGCUAAAUAUUUAUCUGCAAGCAGGCUUAUCUGCUCUUAAAACUCCAUACUGCUAUGAGGAUGAUUGCACCAAGGAAGACCCAUUAUCACAGGAAAGUUUUAGAAAGCUGGCAGUCCCAUUGCCUUACUCGAAGCAGCAUCACUCGAAGCUUGUGUGCUACAUAACGAGAGAGCUCAUGGACACCGAGAAUCCGCCUCAAGUUCUUCCAAAUGGUUAUGUCUACAGCACCAAGGCUCUGGAAAGAAUGGCCAAGGAAAACAGUGGUAAAAUCACUUGUCCAAGAACAGGGUUUGUGUGCAACUACUCAGAGCUGGUGAAGGCAUACAUAUCAUAGAGUUGCAACAUAUUGGUAGGUGGAAAUCACAUUUCCUAUCAUCUCUAUGCUUUGUUUCUUUAUACUUGUGAUUAUGAAUAUGGCCCAUGAAUCUAUGGAAAUAGAUAUUUCAAUGUGGGAUGGGGGAAGUAUAUUUUUACAAAAGAAAUUUCCUUGUAUGUUCCAAGAAUGAUGACAUGUAAAUAAGAAUUAAACAGCUUUGUUCU